UGUUCGAAUCGAUGCAACAAUGUGCCAAUAUGUUGAAACGAAUAUUAGAUAAAACAAACGGAGAACCUUUCGACAUGAAAAUACUGUGCGAGCAAUACGCAAUCGAUGUUAUCGGAAGUUGAGCUUUUGGAAUCAAUUUUUCUGCAAUGGAAGAUCCCAAUUCUCCAAUUCUAAGAAUGGCGAGAAAAAUUUUUCAAUUUAGAUUUAAAACUAUUUUUCGCCACGCCAUUCCCCAUCCACCGAAACUUUUAUUGAAAAUGUUCAAACUUUCAUACAUGGACGAAGAAGUUCAAGAUUUCUUUAUGACAACAAUGAGAAAAGCAAUCAACUUGAGGAAACGAAGUCUGAAUCCCAGAAAUGAUCUAGUCACUAUAUUAUUAUUCAACAAAAAUAGACAUAUUUCAGAAAAUCCGGAUUUAGAUCAGGAAAAAAUGAGUAAUGGAGAACACAAUGAGCCAAUUGAAGAAGAAACAACAAUGGAGUUCAAGGUUGCCCAAUGCUAUGUAUUUUUCGCAGCAGGUUUUGAAACCACUUCUUCGGCAUUAUCAUACCUUAUGAUGGAACUCGCCCUAAACCGAUCCAUUCAGAAUAAAGUAAGGGAAGAAAUCAUCGAAAUUCUUCAAAAAUAUAACGGCGAAAUAACCAACGACAGCGUAAGGGAGAUGACUUAUACUGAUAUGGUUAUUUCAGAAGGUUUACGUCUUCAUGCUCCGGCCGUAAUUCUGAUUAGGAAAUGUACGAAAGAAUACCAGAUACCCAACAGCAAAGCAAUCAUUCCAGAAAAAAUGUUAGUAGUAGCUUCUGUUCUUGGAUUACACAAAGAUCCGAGAUAUUACGAAAAACCAGAUGAAUUCUACCCCGAGCACUUUACCGAAGAAGCAAAAAAUAAUAGACCAUCAUGCGCGUAUAUUCCAUUCGGAGAAGGACCUCGCGCCUGUAUAGGUGAACGAUUUGCUAAAUUUGAAAUCAAACUCGCCGUCAUCCACAUGAUAAAAGAUUAUGUUUUUGAAAUUUCGCCCAAAAUGAAGUUUCCACUGGAGUAUGCUCACGAUAUGAAACUUGGCUUAAUGGCUCCUCGUGGUGGUAUUUGGUUGCAAUGCAAAAAGUACGAAAUGCAAAAACCUUUGACUAGCUAUACAUCGUAUGAAGAGAAACUUGAUUUACUCGAUUUAGAUUCACUCGAUUCGAUGGCUGAAUAAAAAUAUGAUUUUUUUAUUCUGAUGUUUGAGAAUAUUUGAUUUACAUGAAAUCAGCAGACAGUUUUGAUAGAUGAGCUGUUUACAUUAUGAGUAAAGUGUUAAUAUUAUGCCUGAAUAAUGUAUGUAUUUGAAAAAAAAAUGUCCUUGCAUAUGAAGCUUUCAGGUUUACUAUAGUGCAUUUUAAAUCUGUUUUUACAAAAUAAAAUAAAAACAAAGUAAACAACGCG